UACACAGCCAUGCUGUGUAUCAUGUGAAAAGAGUUUGAUGGAGAGCGUCGAGAGGCAAUGUCCAAGCUGCAAACAUUUUCCCAGCUCUUCAAUCAGAUGAUUGAAUUUUUGGUUGAUCAUCACCUAUCAAAGCACAUUCCAUCUUCAGGUAUUGUUGAAGGCAAAUUAGGCGAACAUUGUUCAGAUAUUCGUCCACACCUGAUUCACAUUGGCUGCACUGUCUUCCAGGGACUUCUCGAGAGACGGUUAGUAUUCACAGAAAAGGAGUUUCAGAGCUAUCCAGAGUCCAUCGAUGUAGGUUGUAAAAUUGGUGUACUCACCAGAGAGAAGAAAAUUCUUCCGAUGCGAGACAGAAGAAAUACUCCGAAUUCAGUAGUCCGAUCAGUGCAGUUUCCCCAUAAGCUCUUCCAGGAGUAUCUAUCAGGAAUGUAUCUUGCAUCUCUUUACAACUCAAACCGUAAUGAGUAUGACGGGUUGAUAGCGUAUAUUACACCGGAAUCAACGGAAUAUCGGUACCUACUGUACUUCACCUCAGCCCAGCAGAAGGAGGUCGGCUUGGAUAUCGUCUCUCAUCUCAUAGCGUUUGAACCAGAGUAUAAUGAAGACUUCGUCGUAGAUGUAGCAUAUGAGAGCCAAGACCAAGCAGUGGCCAAAGCCGUGGCGGAUCAUCUAUCGACUACGUCCAGAAAGACACUGAAGAUCACCGAGGAGAUGCAGGCACACACAGUAUCAGGGAAUACUUUCAUCAUGAACCAUCGUGAAGUGGAUGACCUGAUUAUUUACAAGCCAUGUGGAAGGACGGCUUCAGAGGACCUGGCUGAAUUCAUGUGCUCAUCACGAUCACUGAGAUCUGUGACGAUCGAUCUUACUGGUACUAUGCAUGAUGUCUUCUACUCGGUGCUUGCAAAUAUAGCAGUCGAUUCCAAGGUCAGCGAAGGCAGUGACGAAUUGUCCUCAGUGCGUGUAAAGCGGAACUUCAAGGAGUCAGCAAUCUCUGAUAAACAAGUAGCACCGAAAGUGGAGGUACCCCGAGAUAGCUAUGCGGAGGCAAGGACAGUUACGAUAGAACCCAGCAUCAUGAAUGAGCAGAUGAGCCAAGACCAGGCGCAAGAUCCUUCAGUCAAGGUCAAGGGAACGGCUGGAUUGGUCAGCAAUGGCUUCAAAGUCCAGGGUGGAGAAGCCCUUGGAGGAAGUGAGCCCAACUGGAAAUGA